UCUGGUCUGGACUGGUUCGGGUUCAAGUUAUCUGCCAUUUUGCAAGGAAAGAAGAAGUAGUGCAAGUAACUGUCCUCAAAUAUGAAAAAUGGCUAGCAAAUUUAACAUUAAUAUAGCAUCGUCUACCGGAGCAGUAGUUGUUGGAGAUGGCUCUUCUAUCACUGUUCAUCAUGGCGUCUCUAAAGUUGAAACUACAAGUUACAGAAAUCAACCGGAAGAUAGACAAGAAAUUCAAUCUCAAAAUACAGGUGGCAUUCAUUGUCAAGAAACCGGAGAACCUCCCAGCUCUAAACGAGAAACUGAUGAAUUUCAUCGAAAGAUCAAGAAUGGCUAUGUCCUUAUCAUUAAUAAUCAAACAUUCCCUCAUCGCUCAAGUGUUGAGCGUUCUGGUUCAGCAAAAGAUGUAGAAAACUUAAAAAAUCUCUUUGAUGAAUUUGGCCUUCACCCAGUUAAAGUAAUGGAAAAUCUCACCAGCACUCAGAUCCUCGAGCUUCUAGUUGAGACUUCAGAGAAAGAUUUUAGUAAAUUUGAUUGUUUUAUUUGUGUAAUUCUAAGCCAUGGUUCUGCCGAUGGGAUCUACGGAGUUGACGAGCAAGUGAUUCAAGUAGAGGCCCUGACCAGUAAGUUCCGUCGAAGUCCGUGCCCCUCAUUGGAGAACAAGCCAAAGCUGUUUUUCAUUCAGGCUUGUAGAGGUUCUAACAAAGAUAUUGCCCCAGUUGAAAGCGACAGUGAACCAGUCCCAAUGCAGUGCCGAGGAUUGCCUUCUGAUGCUGAUUUCCUGAUCUGCUAUGCAUCAUCUCCUGGGUACGAGAGCUACAGAAACCCAGAACUGGGUUCUUGGUUUAUCAGGAGUUUGGUUGAGGUAUUUAAAGAGUAUGCGCCUGAUGAACAUCUCAUGGAUAUGAUGUUGAGGGUUAACAGCCGUGUCUCUUCAUACUUCAGCAACCAUGGCCAUAAACAAAUGCCGUCAGAAAUCUGCAUGCUAACAAAGAAGUUCUAUUUCAACCCACCUCGAUAGACUUUAGGGCUAGAGUUCAUUGAAACAGCUUCUUCAUUGGAGUCCAAAGACCUUUGUGUCAGCAAUGAAGAUCUAAAAUCAAGACAUACAUUAUUCAGUGCUGUACAAUUUUGGCACUUCCUUUUGUACCAAUGCAUGUUAGCUCCUGAUAAAAGAAUCUGAAUUGCAAUGGUUUCAAGAUAAAAAUGAAAAAUCACUUAGAAGCAUUUGGUUUGCCUCUGAGAAAAUUUAUUUUUAAAUUUUGAAUUUUUCUUUCCUUCCUUUUGAUUUUUCCUUUCUCUUUUGAUUGUUUGGUAACAGUGGUUUUUGUGACAAAUGAAAAUAGUUGCUAAGAUGAUAGAGAUUUAAUUCCACUAAUUUACCCCCCACCCCCCCUCCACCCCGAGUCAGAUGACAGACCUGCAGGUGUACAUAAAAACAUUUGUCUAUGCACGGGUAACUGACUUUUCAUAAAGUGGAUUCAGAAUGCAAGACCACCUUAGUGAAAAUCAGUUGUUCUAUGCAGCUAUCACUGCCAUAGAGCGCAUGCAGUAAAAACCUUUAAAUAAAAACAAACUUGAUGCUGACAAAUAUUGCUAUUUACUCACUUAUAGUUGCUAUCACUCAACUAGAACAUUUAUGACACAAAAGGCAAAAAUGUUCUCUUGCGUAUUUCUCGAACAGAACAUUUAUUACACAAAAAACAAAUGUUCUAUAGUACUAUUUGUCAGUAUCAACUUUGUUUUUAUUUCAUGGUUUUACUGUGUUCUAUUUGAAAGGCAUCUCUUUUAAAGCACUGUUCCAUGACAUAUGCAGUUGCCAGCUUUUGUCCAUUCCUUUGUACUAGAAAACUUAAAAAAUAGUUGAAAAAUUCAUACUGAGUGAAGGUAAAAUUUCUAGAAUUUUGUUAUAUAUCAUUAAUUAUUUUUGGUGCUUGCAUCUUAGACUCAGGUCAAACGUUGAACUUUACAUGAGCAAUCAAUGAAAACAAUUGAAAACAAUGGUUAUUAGGUGCAGCUCUUGUGAAGUUCAACAUUUGUAUUCGGCCUAAGUUUUAUAUGGUAAUAAUCUUGGAUGCUAUUUAACUCUAAAAUCAAUAACUAGAUUAUAACUAAAAUAAAAAAUAACUAGAUUAAGAUAGAAUAUUACAGAUAUAUUUACGACUAUAUGUGCUGAAAUCCUGGACUGUCAGCGUAUAACUUAGGAUUAAUUGCUACUUCUACUUCUACAAUUUAGCUCAGCACACUCUUAUAAUAUUCACUAAAGUACACUUCAAAUGUCAUGUAUACACUUUUUAGGACUGAGCAAAUAAAUUUAUACUGUGGUUGCUGCAACAAAACCGUUAUGAACUUUUUACUCGGGCUUUCAAAGAAAUGCCCGAGGUAUAAAUUGGGCUUUAUUUGCGUUCUGUCACAAAUCGCAGUUGCAUUCAAAGUGCAUGCGCAAGUUCUAUGCGCGUGCGUAGUAUGCGCCACAUAAGCACAUGGUCGCGAGCAAUGGCAGAGUUUUUCAAGGUUUCGUCAGAAGGAUGACGUGUUCACGAAGAAUUCUUUCGAUUUUCUGCUAUGAAGCCCGAGUUCACGCAGAUAUGCAUUUAGUUUUGAAAAAGCUUUAUAAUUAUUGGUACUUAACAUACAGUAUUAAAAGUAAAGAGUAAAUUUCUGUCGAUAA